UUCUACUCCGGUUUAUACACCGAUUUCACUCGCUUCCAACACAAACGUAAUACCAACGUAUUUAAUCACCACCUCCAAACAAUCAAAAUGAAGUCCUUCGCCGCCAUCGUUGCUUUCGCCGCCGCUGCCAGCGCCUCCGCUGUGUACGCUCCCAUCAACAGCACCGUCCCUGCUCCCCCGGUCUACAGCACCACCGUUGUGCCCCAGUACACCACCGUCUGCUCUGCCGGUGCCACCGUCUCCUACGGUCCUUCCAGCUACAGCACCGUCAGCAAGCCCACCACCUUGACGAUCCCCAACUACACCAUCGUCACCCCCGUUCCCUUGCCCUCGGCUCCCGUUGAGAGCAAGCCCGUUCCCUCGGCUCCCGUCUACACCACCGCGCCUGCUCCUUCGGCUCCCGUCUACCCCACUGCCAACGGCACCGUUCCUGCUCCCCCUGCUCCCACCGGCACUGCUCCCGGUGCCCCAGGUGCCUCUGCUCCUCCCAACUUCCCGGGUGCUGCCGGAAAGACUGGUCUCUCUCUCCUCGCCGUUGCCGGUGCCCUCGCUGCUUUCUUGUAAGCGGUUUCAUCUCAGAGUUGAAUCGGUCUCCCCGAGUCAGCUUCAGGAUGGAUUUGUAGGGUAAUUGGGUCAGACAGGAUGGAUACGGAUCUUUUAAUGGGUUAAUGACUUACAUGGGCUCUGCAUCAUGAUCCUGCAUUGCGAUGUUGGAGUCUAUGGGGUCGCAAGCGCUUAAGCCACCACGCAUUGAUUUUCUGAUUGUACAAACCUUAAUAAUACGCCUUUGGUAAUUGCGGCAAUUGACACAAGUUAUCUUGUGUGUGUGGUCUGGUGAUUCAUGUUUAUAGAUUUCGAGCGCUAUUAGAAGAGUCUACCAAUUUCAAUCAACAUGCUUUCACCUUUUAUUCUUUGUUCGUUUUCGAAAUGCUCGAUUUUGUGUGUUCUCCGUCUGUCUGCUUCCCGAAAGCUGUCAUAUGUGUUGAGACUGUUACCAUGUGGAAGCAAAAUUUCACAAAACCUCCAGCAACCUAGUGACAGCGACAUAUGCUAUGAUCGAGUAAAAAAUACAGAGACACGUGCGCACACCCACCGAAGUAGACUACAUCUGAGGAAAAGCCCAUUUUCCAAUUACAGGUGUUCGGGGGCGAGCGAAGCAAGUGCGUACCGAUUUGACCCUGAAACUGGGAAAUUAACGAGAGGGAAACGCCGCGCCGGCCAGUCCAACGGACUUUGCCUGCCUGCAAAACAAUUAAUUGUUUUUGGCGAAAUUUACGCUCCU